AUGGCGUCUCUCUCGGUUGCAGCGGCUUCGCCUUUGGCGGCGGCAAAAUCCCAGUGGGAUGCGCGCGUUUCCGAGCCCAUCACCAGAAAGCCGCACGUGAUGCCGCACACCAUGUCGUACUACACCAAGUGUAUGUUGGGAGGAGUGUUGUCUUGCGGCCUGACGCAUACGGCCGUCACCCCCCUCGAUGUGGUGAAAUGCAAAAUGCAAGUGUACCCUGAGAAGUACAAAGGUCUGGUCUCCGGCAUGCGAACAGUCGUUGCAGAAGAAGGCGCUGCGGGCUUGCGCCUCGGCUGGACGCCGACGCUCCUCGGGUACAGCAUGCAGGGACUGUUCAAGUUUGGUCUCUACGAGUACUUCAAGGACACGUACGGAAACCUGAUGGGAGAAGAGUUCACGGCCAAAAACAAGGGCGCUGUGUGGCUGGCUGCCUCUGCCUCCGCUGAGUUCUUCGCCGAUAUCGCUCUCUGCCCCAUGGAAAUGGUCAAAGUGAAGAUGCAAACGAGUCCGGCGGGAACGUGGCCAACUUCCUUCUCCCCUGCCCUAGCAAAGAUGAGCGAAAUGAAGAAGGAAACAAAGUUCCCGUUCGGAAGUGUCGUGCCUCUGUGGAGCCGACAAAUCCCUUACACCAUGGCCAAGUUUUACUUCUUCGAGAAGGUCGUCCAGCUCUUCUACGAUAACGUCUUCACCAAGCCCAAGGAUUCGUACAGCAAAACAACGCAACUCGGAAUUACCUUCGCCUCGGGAUAUCUCGCCGGUGUCAUCUGCGCCGUCGUUUCGCACCCGGCUGACACUCUUGUGUCCGUCAUGAGCAAGGCAGGAAACAAAGGAAAGAGCUUCGGCACCAUGAUCAACGAAAUGGGCUACUGCAACCUGUUCACCAAGGGACUCGGAACUCGAGUCCUCAUGAUCGGUACACUCACUGGUCUGCAGUGGUGGAUCUACGACAGCUUCAAGACCUUCAUGGGCAUGGGAACGACCGGCGGCGGCUCAGCUAAGAAAUGA